UAACGGCCACAACUACACGCUUAUGACCUGUUAAGCGACACAGACAUAGCGGAGUCAAGUGCGCUAUUUGACUGGGAAGAAAUUCUGAGCCAAUCUUAGUGGAAGCCCAGAGUGUGGAGAGAUCAGUAAUGUAUAUCUUACACUGUUGCGUAGUCCUGGCGGUCCUGUUGGCUGUAGCUUUCGGAGCAGCUGGCGUCGAAGAAGUUCGUGUAAGGAAUGGGCGGUGCGUCACCCGGAAGGGCUUGAAGAGAGACGGUGAGGUGUUCUACGACACGUUGCGCUGCAUCGAGUAUGAAUGCGACGCGCAAAACGCUGUUCUUACCAUCAACACUUGCCCCCCGUUCGACUUUGACUACGUGGGCAAGGGCUGCACAGUCUUAGGUCGAAAGGAAGGGGUGUAUCCUGUAUGCUGCGAACCCCUGGUAUCGUGUGCAAAGUGAUCGUCAAUAAACCGAAAGUCCCACCUUUAA